UUAUUUUUAAUAUCAUUAAAAUGUCUUAAUUGCAGAUAAUUUACCACAAUUACAACGGACUACGACCAUUUCAAGCGCCAAAGUAAAUUUCACCUUAAAUAAUCGUUUGUAAAAUAUCUGAAUAAUUUAAUAUAAUUUUAAUGUAUUAUAGCAAUUGAUCAGUUAUAUCUGCUGUAAUUAUAAGUGUAAGCAUUUGCAGGCUGACAUCACGACUGUGCUAGCAUCAUCACAACGUAAGUCCAUAUGGCUGAGCAGGAGCAAAGGUCAAAGCGGAAAAUGGAACCAACAGAGGAUUCCAAAAAACCCGCAACGAAACUGCCACAAUAUUUUAAGGAUUUUGCCAGCCAUAGCAAUGUCUACGACAUCAAAUAUAGAAACCGGCUGGCUGUGGACACCACCAAGUACUUAAACAUCCAGUCCGACGAAUGGCGCACCAAGACGGGUAAACUGGUGCGCAAGUUCCAGAAGAGCGCUCUUGACCUUGCGUACAUUCACCACCAUCAGAAAGCAAUGUUCACUGCUAUUAUUGUGAUACUGAAGAAGCUGUUGGACGUUGCACAAGCAAUGGAAAAGUAUCACAUGGAAAGCAUUGCAACUCUUUUGGCUGCCUGUCCGCCAGACAACGAAACGAAAUUGCUGGAGAAAAAUUCGCGAACUCACAUUGGAACGACCAGUGAACUUGUGCCUACCAAUCAGCUGUCGGAGAGUGAGCUCAAGGCCAGAACCAAGGCGUACAAAUCCUUGUGGAAACAACUGACUGAGCUGUCAAACUCUGUAUCAAUGUAUAACGACAAAAUUAAGGAACACUGCCUCUCCCUGAUAAAUGGCUUUGAACAUCUCAAAUCAAAGCUAAACAUUGAGAAGAUGACCAUUGCCCAGGAAGCGUUUCUUCCCAUUGUCCAAGAAAUGUCCACUGUUAGCACUCUCAUUGCUGACCGAUACCUGACCCAGUCUGAGAACGGACGUGAUGUCAGCGCUGCUUUGAACAAACUGGAUGUUGCCAUAAACCUGGCUAAGAACGCGCUGUAUGGUGACCAUCCGGAAGUCCGUGAUGACCCGCGCGUGGAUGACAUAGGAGAAAGCGAAUCGGAGAUGAGCACCUCGGACGAUGAAUAA